GCAACAUUUAGUUUUUUUGAAAUGGAAGUAGAGAAAUUAGAAGAAAAAUGGCCAGAAAUGUAUGAACGGGAUAGACAGUGGGUUCAUUUUGCAUACGAGGAUGCAUUAAAAGUUUUAAUAAAACCUUUUAUGCGUGAAGUGGUUCAACAAUGUUCUUUAGCACCACAAAACAAACGGGCAAAAAAG